UAAGAAGAAUUUAUUUUAUUUAUGUAUUUCCUACUAUUAGAAAAAUUUUUCUGAUUAUGAAAUUGUAUUUUCACUUUUGCUAAUUUUAUUACUACGAUAUGAAUGACAUGGAACAAUUGGAAAAUACGGAUAAUGGAAAAUGUAGUUCUUAUUAUGCCUUAUUAGUUGCAUUUAAAACUAUGAAUGAACGUUGUCAACAAUUAGAAACAAGAUUAGCAACUGUUGAAGAAGAGAAUAUGUGUUUAAGACUUGAAUGUGGAAAAGAUGAGUCUGCAAUAAUUACAAAAAUUAAUGAUAAUAAUGAAAAAACUAUUGUGCAAAGUUUAAAGGAAAAAAUAGAAGAACUUAAAAAACAAAAAUCUCAACUUACUCAUCAAGUUUUUAUGGUAGCAGCAGAAAAUCGCCAAUUAUGGAACAGAUUGAGUAAAUUAACAAAAACUAAUAAAUCUUUAGGAAGUCAAUUGACAAAAAUUUCUGAUACACUUAAACAACAUUCUCCAGUACAAGCAUCAGACAUUAUCUCUUAUAAUUUUCGAGAUAUUUUUAAUUCUACUAAAGAAGAUAAUAAUCAGCAAUGUACAUUAGUUACAAACAAUGGUGAGAAAGAACAAAGCUUAGAGGAAAUAUCACUUAGACUUAUAAAUAGUAUUAUGUUGGAAAAAUCAGAUCUUGAACAGCAAUAUGCAGAGAUGGUUGAAAUGCAAAAUAAUACUGAAUUAGAUUUACGAAAUAUUGGUUUUACUUAUCCAGAGGACUCAGAUACAGAUUUAGAAUUAUUAAAACAACAUGAUAUUAGAUUGUCGCAAAUGAAAAACAGUUUAUUAGCUCAACAAAUAAAACUAAAAAAAGCAUUGCAAAAUUUAAAAAAAAAGAAAGAAGGAUUAAUGUGUAAUAAUUGUCGUACAAAUGCAAAUAAAAAAAUGUGUCAAGCAAGUACUCAGUUUAAUUUUAAUGAAAAUAUUAAAGAACAUAGUGCAACUCAAACCAGUCUCCAAACUUCGAGUCUAUCUUUAGAAAAAUAUUCCAAUUCAACAGAUAAUACAGACCAAGACAAUAAAAUUUGUCCAUUGUGUGGAAUGUUUUAUGGAAGAACUACUACAUUUGCUGAUUUCCAUGAACAUGUUUUAAGUCAUUUUAAUAAAGAUCUAUCUGUAGAUGGUUUUGAAAUUCUUCAUUAAUGAAAAUGGAGGUUAUAAACAGCAUCUUAAUUUUCUAAAAUUUUAUAUAUCAUUA